GCUUGUGAGGUCGAAGCGCUUCGUGCGGGGUUCGGCUUCGGUACAAAAGGAACUCGUCACGCUUCGAGAGCCUGCGGGACUCGUGAAAAGUGAAGGGUUUAGUGCGUUGUCUUACAUAUAUUAUUAUCAUCAUCAGAAUGUGUGUGAUUUGAUGAGAAUGUUGUUGUGAAAUAAGUGAUUUGUUGUUUGAGGUGAAGACGUUGUGACGUCUUGUUCUAUUUAUGGUGACGAAUUUCGAAGAUAAAGCAUUUUCGAUGAAAAGUUCGUUUUUAUUAAAUGUAAUGAAACAAAAAAUGUGUUCGAACGAACUGCUUCUUGUUAAGCGUUGGUCUGUAAGACUGUGAGCGUUGAAAUGACCACCUCAUCGCAAGACUAAACAAGCAGAUCACCUUCGGAAAAUGGCUUGCCAAACGCAGUCCUUCUGGGUCAACUUCGACACCCUCAGGAAAAGCCGCAGAAGGAACUCCAUCUGGGGGUCCUUCCUCUCGCCCUACGACGUCGCGCUGACCUCGGAGGAAGGCCUCCUUCAGAGCAGACUGAGCCGCGACACUCGGACGUCCCGUUCGCUGCCGCCCCGCUCGCCGCGCACGAGGAGGCGAGGGGCAGCUUCUCCUGCGCCCCUGACGCCCUUCUCGACACUACGUGAUCGCCAUCACGCCGCGGCUGCCGCUCCGCCUCGGGCAGAUAUUAACGGGCGGUGCGCCUCAUGCGCCGCUGAGAAGAAGAAGAAGAAGAGGACUUUGAAGAAGAAGAAGAAUGGGGUCUCGAAGUCCGCCGAGGUCCUGGAGGACUCCUCGCCCGGCCACUGCGAGCUAGGAUUCUGGGAGCAGAAGAGGCUCCUCUCCAGGAUCAGUAGGUCCUCCGACGAGCUCUCCAGGGUGAAGCGGGUAUACUUGGAGGAGCUGGACCUGUGCAACGUCGGCCUCUAUGCGUCCAGGUCGGACGAGUCUCUGAACUGCUUCGGCCUCGAAGGCGCCGACGUGUGUCCCGACGCCGCCGAGUGGGAAGGGCGGGCGCUCGCCCAUUUGCACGGAUCGCUCGCCACCCCCCGUAGGGCCGAGCAGCGACGUCAGGCGAUGGAUUUCAGCGAACGAAGAGGCGAGCGGGCCAGCAGGAGCACAGCCCAGCAGUCGCAGCGACUUUCCAGAAGGAGCACAAGAGCCGCCGCAGGGGGUCCUGCUGGGGACGACGCGGACGACCAUCCCGCCGUCACUGUCCGGCCCGGCUACCGCCUGCCCAGGUCGCGGAGCUGCGGCGCCAAGACUUACCAGCGGGUCGCGUCGCCACCGCGGGAGGGCAGCAGGAGCCCUCGCUGGAUGAGCUCGGCGAGCCUCAAGCCGGAGCGGAGUGGCGUCUCUCGGGCCCUCUCGGCGGACCCGGGGGAGCAGGAGGCUUUGGCCCUCGUCGGGGACAUCCCUCCGGUCUCGCAGCUGCGCUUCAACAAAUAUAACUUCCGGAGGCGUCGGCCAGACCGGCUGGAGCUGCACAAGGACGUACUCUUUCCCCAGGGCGCAGGUCGGCACCAUCCCCCGGAGGGCUUGAACCUCGGCUCCUCCGACACGAAGCCCAGAGGCGGGGACCCGGGGCGAUGUGAGUGCGGGUGUGCGCGGGCGACGGCGCAGCAGCAGGAGCGCGCCUCGGCCCGAAAGACCUCGCGCAGUCUUCUCUUGAAGACGUUCAGCUUUCGGUCGAAGAGCGUAGAUCGCGCGAAGGCCUCGACCCGCUCGCCGGCGCCGCGCGAUUGGCGGGAGGCCGACGCCGGCGCUGCCCCCUGUGUUGGCCGCGAGGCGCUGCGGUGCUCGGAGAGGACGCGGACGGACGGAGCCGCGGCCUCAUCUUCGACGGGUCGAGCAGCGCGCGCACGGGCUCCUUCCCGAACUCGCUGGUGGCGCGACACGACGCUCAAGGUAGGUGGCCGAGGGAGGCCUUUCCUAUGGUCGCCUUAG